AUUUUUCCCUUUCCUUUCCACAAAAGACUUCCUUGGGCCAUCUUUUCAAACCCCAUUUGCUUUGUUUUGGAAUUUUGAAGCUCUAUAUUAUUAAAAAAUAAUGGCUUCAAUGUCCUCUCAUGGCUCAAAUGCAUGGACUGCAAUGCAAAACAAGACAUUUGAAAAGGCUUUGGCAGUGUAUGAUCAAGACACUCCUGAAAGAUGGCUGAAUGUUGCUAAGGCUGUUGGUGAAAAAACUGAAGAGGAAGUCAAGAGGCAUUACCAACUUCUCCUUGAUGAUGUCAAACAUAUUGAAUCUGGCAACGUCCCUUUUCCCUAUCCAUCCUCUAGUGAUGAUUUGCCAAGGAAAAGAGGAUGAGUAAGAACAAGCUCUUCAAUUGAUAUCUAGCUGGUGCAAUAGCUAGAAGAAUAUUAAAGAAGAAAAAUCCAUUUGAAUUUUGCUUCAUGUGUAACCUUUUAUAUGCAAUUGUACCACUCAAAGAAUAAAUAUGAGUUUAUUUGAAAUUUUGUUCCUCUCUAA